CAGAGUGCACCCGACCAAAGCCGUCAUAGUUAGAAAGAUGAAGCUUCACUUUUAUUAUGACUGAUGAUUCAAAAACACACAAACAGAAAACUUUAAUUUGCUGUUUGGAAUCCAGACUCACUUCCAGGGAGAAAACAUGGAGUUUAGAGGAACAAGAAUAAGAUCAGAUCAACAUCAGGAACAGGCUGAAAAAAUAAAUCAGCUCUUUCAAAAACUUCAACUUAAAGGCAGGAAUCACAAAAUGAGAGCUGCAGAGGUUCUUCAGAUAACAGCACAUUCAUUACAAUCUCAUGAGUCGUGUGCUGAGGAGGAGCUGGUUCAGACUUUCCUACAAAAACUCCUGAUAAUGAACUACAGAGCAAGAAACAUUAAAACUAAGGAGACCAAUGAGCAGCAUUACACACAACAAAGAGACAAUUACUCAUCUGAAGAUGAGGGGGAUAUUUUUAACGAUAGAUGUUGGUCUGGUUUGUCUUUUACUUCACUAGACACCAUUCACCCAAUGGAUGUUCAGAUGGCAGUAUUUCAUUGUGCUGAUAGUUUCCUAAAGCAGCUGAUAGUAACUAAACUCUCACAGUGUCAGUUUGCUCUUCCUCUCCUUGUUCCUCAUCCUUUCACACAAGAGAUUCAGUUUCCUCUCUGGACUUUCCGACAAAUCAACAAGAGCUGGAAGAUUAGAAAUACUGACAAUGACAUGUACAGUAGAGACCAGCUAGGGUACAAAGCAGAAACUCCAAUGGUGUCGUUCUUCAGGUUUGGCUCUGUGUCUUCAUCCAAGUCUCAGCUGAUGAACAGUCUGAUCAAUGAGAGACACAACACAUUCUUCCACAGGAACUGUCCAGGCAGCAGCAGAACCAGACUACUCAUGGAUGGAGUGGUGGAGAUCGCCUGGUACUGUCCCUCUGGAAAAAGCACAGAUAUAUUUACUGACUGUGUUGCAUUCUGUAAUCUUCAUGGUGAUGCAGGAGUCAGUGAGAAACAGCUGCAGAUUCUGACUGAAAUGUCUUCAGUCAAUGUUGUUCUUCUACCACUGCUUGACGAGAAUGACAAAAAUGCAUCAAAGAUUCAAAUUCUGUACAGAGACAAAAAGCCACUCAUUUGUCUUCUUACUGAGGAUGAAUCUGCUGCAAAGCAAAAUAAAAGAAAGUACAAAAUUGGUCUGAAAGACAGAAAUAUUGCAGAUGUUUCUGAAGAACUCAGAAGAGCUAUAAAUGAAUGUCUCUCAUCUUCAGAACUGGCUUCUAUGUUCAAAGUUGAAGAUGUAUGCAAAUAUUCAGAUAUCAGAGUAGACGAGGAAGAUGAUGAAGACUGCAGAAUAGGAAGAGAAGCAGCACAGCAGAUGAUGAGUUUACUGAAGAAAAAACAUUUGACAGAAAUCAAAGAAUCUUUUCUUCCCUGUCAGGGGAAACUGUGGCAACUGUGGUGUCAGAAGAACAAAGAACUUCAUCGACCUCAAGGGGAUGAGUUUGAACAAAUAAUAAGUAGUAAACAAACAGAAAUGAAGACCUUUCGUGAACGGCAACACAAAUCCCACACUAGUGAGUUUAUAAGGAUCUUUAUAACACAAAUGAACUCAAAUGGUUCUAAUAGAAUGUUUUUCCUCAAAUGGCUCAGAAUCCUCCUGGAUGAAUUUACCUCUGCUGAUCUUUCUGCUUUACAUCACAAGUAUGAUCAAAAGUGGUCAAAAGUCUUAAAACUGAGAGAGAAGAAUGAUAAAUCUGAACAACUCAAAGAUGCACAAACAGAACUUGAAGGAAUAUCUACAGAACUUCAAGCAGCAACCUUUGGCUUGGAGCACAUCAUGAGAGAGAUUGGUCAGAUCUAUGAAUCAUGUUCAUGUGUAAAUGAGAACAAGCAAGGCCUGCAUCUUCACUUCUCUUCUCUGCCGAGUCUUGCAGCAGAGAUGAUGAUCUCUGGAUUUCCACUAGAGCUGAUGGAUGGGGAUGCUGCUCAUGUUCCUCUGAUUUGGGUUUCCGCUGUUCUAGAUAAACUCAUCCACAAACUGGGAGACCAGAGUUUCUUUGUGCUGUCAGUUUUAGGGAUUCAGAGCUCUGGGAAAUCUACCAUGCUAAAUGCCAUGUUUGGACUUGAGUUUGCAGUCAGUGCUGGUCGCUGCACCAGAGGAGCUUUCAUGCAGCUGCUCAAAGUAUCAGAGAAGAUGAAACAUCAACUGAAGUUUCAUUAUAUUCUGGUUGUUGAUACUGAGGGUCUCCGAGCUCUAGAAUUGGCUGGAAGGUCCACAAGACAUCAUGACAAUGAAUUGGCCACAUUUGUUGUUGGUCUUGGUAAUCUGACAUUGAUCAACAUCUUCGGAGAAAACCCAUCUGAAAUGCAGGAAAUUCUCCAGAUUGUUGUUCAGGCCUUUCUGAGGAUGAAGAAGGUCAAAUUGAAUCCCAGUUGCAUGUUUGUACAUCAGAAUGUCUCAGACGUCACAGCUGGAGAGAAAACCAUGGACGGUAGGAGACGUCUGCAGGAGACACUGGAUGAGAUGACAAAACUUGCUGCUAAAGAAGAGGUUUGUGUUGAAGAACGUUUUAGUGAUGUCAUUGCAUUCGAUGUACGUGAUGAUGUGAAGUAUUUUGCUCAGCUGUGGGAGGGCAGCCCACCCAUGGCACCACCAAACCCAAAUUACUGUGAGAAUGUUCAAGAUCUAAAGGAAACCAUUAUUUCACAAACCUCAAAAUCAGGUAGAAUGAUGCUGACACACCUAAAAGAUCGUAUUAAAGACCUUUGGGAGGCUUUGCUGAAUGAACGAUUUGUGUUCAGCUUCAGAAAUUCUCUGGAAAUCUCAGCAUACAGAAAACUAGAGACAGAAUACAGCAAGUGGACCUGGAGUCUUCGCAGUGCCCUGUUGGAAAUUGAGAAUAAACUACAAAACAAAAUAGAAAGUGAAGCAAUUAAUGGGGUUGAGGAAAGAGAUCUUCAGCGAGAACUGAAGGGGAAAAGUGAAGAAGUGAAAAAAGCAAUGGCAGAAUUCUUUGAGAAAGACCCAGAUAAAGAUAUCUUAAUUCAGUGGAAAGAGAAUUUCGAAAUAAAAAUCAAAGAGCUUCAGGAGAACAUUAUAACAAAAACAAAGAAGAAGCUGAAUGAGAUUCUUCAGCAGAAAGACCUGAAGAAAAAGAUUGAUGCUCUGAAGACACAACAUGAAAACACACUCUUUGAAAAGAGCAAAACACUUGCUUUAAAACACAAAGAUAAAAUGAGUGAUGAAGAAACUCUGAAGAGAGAGUUUGAUUUGUUUUGGGAAGAAUGUGUGAAGACGAUUUCCACAAAUACUUGUCCAAUCAAAGACAUUGACAUUCUAAGAGAUGUGAAAGAUCUUCUCAGUGACAUCUAUAAAAGUGUCCCUGUACACACCUGGAAAGACAUCAGGGAUAUAUUUACUGUGCAGAGUUAUUCAGAUUAUGUAAAAUUAAAGAAAUCCAGUGGAAUAAUGAACAAAACCAUCAAUGUACUAUUAGGCAAUUCUCUGUCUAAAGAGGAUGAAGCUCAAAUAAAAACAUUAAUUUCAGAUGUUGUUCACCAAACAGACAAGAUGAUUGAGAUGUUCAACAUUUCAAGACUGGGCUACAACAUCAGCUGCAUUCAACAAAUCACAGACUUCAUCAAAGCAAGAAUAAUCGAUCAUCAGGAGAAACCAGUAAAAUAUUUGUUCAAGGGAGAAUUUUAUGUAGAUCUAGUUUUUUCUAUAUUUAAGAGAGUGAACAAGACAUUCACAGACCAACACAGAAUGUUCAUGGAAGCUAAUGACCCUGUUCUCUAUUUGAAGAACAAGAGGGAAGAAUAUUAUUUUAUUUUCCAGAAAUAUUGUCAAGGAGCAACAUCAGCUAACAUUUUUGGUGAAAUCAUCUGUCAGAAACUGAAAGGACCAAUUGAACAGAGUGUGUACAGAAACACAGCCAGAAAUGUAGCAGAUGAAAUGAGAUCAAACUGUCCAUCACUGAAUGGAAACAGAUCAAAUCUGGAGAAACACAUCCUGAAGAAACUGGCAAACGAUGAGAACUUUUAUAAAUACAUGCACUAUGUUCGUAAUCCCAGAGAAUAUUUCAAGGAUUUCAUCAGAGAUCAAGUCAGUCAGUACAUUCGAGAUCAGUUCAGUAUCAGUGUUCAGCCCAAGAUGAAACAGAACAUUGAAGUUCUGCAGCAGAAGAUCAUAACAGCAGCACAUGAAUCUACUGAACAUGCUCAAUUGAACAAAGGAGGUGUGGAUUUGUGGUUGAAGUUUUUUUCGCAGAAGCUUUCUGAUGUUGUUAUAUUCUCUGUGAAGUUCUUCAGUGGAGUGAAACGUGAUGAUGUUGAUGAUUUCAAACUCUUAGAAGAAGUGAUAAGAAAAGAACUUCCUUCUAAAAUGUCUGACAUUAGAAGUAAAUUCAACACAAAAACUUUUCCAGUAAAGCUGGACAAUAAGUUCAGACCAGAUGCGAUUUUAAUUGAUCACUUUUGUCAGUGCUGUUGGGUUCAGUGUCUGUUCUGUGCAGCCAUCUGCACCAACACAGUAGAAAACCAUCCUGGAGAUCACAGUGUUCCUUUUCAUAGAGUGCACGGUAUUAAUGGGAUUAAAUACAGGAACACAACAAACUUGUGUGUUGAAAUAUGCACAACAGCAGUAGCAAGCAACAACCUAUAUUUUUAUCCAAAUGCCUCAGACUGGACAGUCCUCUGGAGAGAAUACAGAACAGCAGGUCCUGGAUACUCUAACUGGAGCAUUACUCCUGAUCUCUCCGAGCUGGCCUACUGGAAGUGGUUUGUGUGCAGAUUCCAGAGAGAUCUGGAAAAGUUCUACUAUAGUACAUUCAGUGCUUAUUCCAUUCCGAAUGAAUGGCAACGAAUCAUAAAACAGCAAGCUAUUGCAAGUUUGGAUAAAAAUUUUUAAUGAAUAUAAACCAAUAAAGCAAAUAUACUGACACGCAGUAUAUCAUGCAGUCAUAUCAAAAUAUACAAAGUCAUAUUGUGCACUGGUUGAUUGUAUACUUCAAUAUUAAAUUACACUGUAAUAUAUUAUUCUUAGGUCUGUCAAUUGAAACAUUAUAAGAAAAAUAAUUUCCUGGUGAAUAACUGAUCAUUUAUUUAUAUUCUUCCAUUGGUAUUUUUCCACCUGAUUGGACAAUGUUGUAGACAUUUAUAUAUAAUGAGUGUAAACUGCAUAAAUUCAAUUUUUUGUCUUGGGCAAUAAAAUUUAAAAUGUUGG